AUAAUGAUGUCAUAGGCUGCACUGGAGUUAAUAACUAUCGGUGGAGAUUCUCAGUCAUCCAGGUGACGUUAUCUGAAGGUUGAGUCAUGUCAACUGGAUUUCUUCUUUUCCGUGGAAACGUUUUGCCAUCAAUUUAGGUGUUUGUUUUUCUUCAGUCUGAGUAAAGCUGACUGAAGGCCACAUAUUUAUCCUUCAGAGAGGUUUCCUCCACUACCUGUAGAUGAUUGGCUCAUUAUGUGAGCAAAGAGGCCUUUCACCCACGACAGUGAACGUCACUGAAAGAUCAGAUAAUUCAUUUGAGUGUAUGACUGAAGCCAACCCAGCUGCCAGCUUCACCUGGAGCAGAGCUGACAAGUCCUGGCCUCAGUCUGGUGUCACUGUGGUCGGACCAACGCUGCAGUUUGUGAGGAACACCGCUGGCGUCGAUGGCCUCUACCAGUGUGAAGCCUCCAACCAGUACGGGAGGAGUCAUGGUUACCUCUAUGUGCAUGUGACAUCAGGCUCCUGCACGGUUUGCUGGGUAUUAUUUAGCCUUUUGCUCGUCCUUUUUUUGUCAUUGCCAUUGGUCUUGCUGCAUGGUACUACCUUUUUUAUAUUCAGGCCCAAACAAAGCAGAGAAGAGAGCACACCUGCAUGGAUGCAGCCUGUCCCUACAGAAGAAAGUGAAGCUGUAAAGCUCAUGUUUAAUGUAAACUCGGCAUUACUCAGAGACAAAGUGUCUCAUUAACUACUUCCCCAAGUGCAAACACAGUAUCAGUUCAUGACGCAACAGUUUAAUUCUCUGUGACUAUUUGAGUACAGUUUUCCUUUUUGUUUUUUGAGUACUUUUGUUUUGCUUUGGCAAGUUUACCCUCGUGCUGCAGGACAGAACAAUGAGUGAAGGUGUAACCUGCAUCCGUGCAGUGUGUCAAUGUGCGAACAGACCUCACCAUGGCUCCAAUGUUGAAAGGAUGCGGGUUUUUUUUUUUUUUCCAACCAUCAGCCUUAACUGACGUGAUUUUAAUAAUAGAAGAGGAGCGCUUAGCACAUAUAGCACAUACAAAGUCAACCAGGUUAUACUAGCAGAGAUUAUCUCAAUUCUCUGAAGUUAGACACGUUACACAUGUAAACUACAUUAGUGGUCACUAGAACUUUAAACAAUUUAACAAAACUCCAACAAACAAAAACAUGCAGCAUUCUGCAGCAAAAUCAUAGGUCUUCAGAUCUUCUUAAGUUCACUGUGACAAACCGGCGGCUGACAAAGCAGCGGCCCCGGACUGGGCACACACGGUAUUCACACACCAACUCAUUAGCCGCCAAGAGCGGGUGCACACGCCUUCGUGCCGGCACCUGGACAUUUCACCACCGUUCCACCACUUCCAGUUGUUACACCCUGAACUAUUCACACACUUUACACUUUGUUGUAGAGUUGUGACGUUCCGUAUCAGGCCUUGCAGCCCUAUGGCAGGCGGUAUUGCGUAACUGAUUCAGGAAGUUGUUCAGAUUUUGCCGUGGGCUCCAACACUGGGAGAAUCAGAAAUACUGUAAAUCUAUUCCCAUUUAUGUAAGUUAGCGGUGGCAAAACCCUGUGACGGCUGUAUUCCAAAGCAGAAGAAAUAAUGUCAAAAAAAAAAGAUAUCGUCUGAGACCUGCCACAGAGGAAAAGCUUUUUAAAUAAUGAAAAAAAACAAUGAUGUGUCUCCUAAACCAUAAUCAUUGGCCAUGCCCCAACUACCCUCACGUCAUUGUAAAUAAUCAUUUCCAUUUUCAUCUUUUCCAAAUAAAUAUUUUCCAUAAUGCCUGUAUGUAUAUAUGUGUGGACUUCAGCUCUGCCUUUAAUACCAUCCCCCUUGUAAUACUCCACUAUAAACUGACCCAGCUCACCGUCCCCAACCCCACGUGCCAGUGGAUCAGUAGCUUCCUGACUGACAGGAGACAGCAGGUGAGGCUGGGCAGCAUCACAUCUGGCACCCGCACCAUCAGCACCGGUGCACCACAGGGAUGUGUCCUCUCCCCACUGCUCUUCUCCCUGUACACCAACAGCUGAACAGUCAACAUGACCGUCAUUGGGCUCAUUCAGGACGGUGAUGAGUCUGCAUACAGACAGGAAGUGGAGCAGCUGGUCCAGUGGUGCAGUCAGAACCAGCUGGAGCUCAACACGCUCAAGACUGUGGAGAUGAUGGUAGACUUUAGGAAGAACUGCCUGCCCCCCCUCACCAUCUACAAUAACACAGUGUCUACCAUGGACUCCUCUCAAUCUCACAGGACCUGAAAUGGUCCCCCCACAAAGACACUGCCCGCAAAAAGGCCCAGCAGAGGUUGUACUUCCUGAGCUGUCUCAGGAGCUGCUGACCAUCCUCUACACGGCCAUCAUCAAGUCUGUUCUCUCCAUCACUGUGUGGUUUGGUUCAGACACCAAGCAGGACAGACACAGACUGCAGAAGGUGGUCUGAUCAGCAGAAAAGAUCAUCAAGACUGAGCUUCCUUCUAUUGAACGCCUGUACCUCAGGGACUCAGGAAACGGGCUGUCAGCAUCACUGCUGACCCCACACACACUGAACAUAAACUGUUUAAACGCCUCCCCUCAACACAAUGAAUCAAUGACUAUGUGCAAUAACAAAAGUGAUAUAGUGAGCUGCAGUUUAUAUUAUUUUUUUCUUUAUUUUAUUUGUCCUGUGCAAACUUGGCGAUUAAAGCUGAUUCUGAUUCUGAUGUACUGUAGGGUUUGUCCAAGAUGGCGGUGCGUACGGACCCCCACAAAUCUUUACCCUUUUAUGCUUCUACUGUCUUUUGUAUUUGUUUUUUGCCCCAUCCUACAACAAAUUAAUCUUCAGUCGAGAAGAUCUGAUAGCCAUAGAAUAGCAACAGAGGUUACUUUGCUCAGACAGGUUCUGUUCAAGAUGCGAGAACUUAUUUUUUUUAUAUUAUUUUGUCUUAUUUUAUCUCUCUUUUUAUCUGUUCAGUAUUUCUUAUAUAGAGCUUUCAUUCUCUUACUAUAAACUGCUGCUGAGUGAACCUGUAAUUUUUUUGUACCUGUACAAUGACAAAUAAACUUCUAUUCUAUAUACAGUAUAACAUACAAUA